AUGCUAAAUCAUCUUAAGAUUUGUCAUCCUGACAAACUUGAUGCGGAUAUCAAUUAUUUUUCUAAUCUGAAAUAUAAUUAUGAAAAUCGUCUUAUGAUUAAUCAACUAUUUACAAAAAAUUCGAAGAUGCUUGAAAAAGGCCUAUUAGCAUCAUACAAAAUAUCGCAAUUGAUAGCGAAAUCAGGAAAACCUCAUACUAUUGGAGAGUCAUUAAUAUUACCAGCUAUCAAAGAAGUGUUAAAUUCAAUGGUUGAUUGUGAUUCUGAACAAAUAAUUUCAUCAAUUCCUUUGAGUAAUAGUUCUGUUUCUUCCAGAAUUGAUGAAAUGGCAUUUGAUAUCGAAGAAACCCUAUGUGCAUUUUUAAGAACAACAAAAUUUUCAAUUCAGAUUGAUGAAUCGACAUUCAACGAUAGUGUUGCACUUUUAUUAGUUUACGUACGUUAUAUUAAUCAAAAUGAUGUAAUUCAAGAAGAAUUUUUAUUUUCUGAACACCUUGAACUCGAUACAAGAGGAUUAACAAUUUUCAAACUGUUGAACAAUAUUUUUUUGAAACAUGAAAUACCCCUUAGCAAUAUUUUUGCUUGUUCAACAGAUGGGGCACCUGCGAUGGUUGGAGUUCAUCGUGGGUUUUUGGCAUAUAUGAAGGAAAAAGUACCGAAUAUUUUACAAUCCAUUGCGUCAUUCACAGACAGCAUUUAG